AUGGCAAAUCCCGGUGAUGAUUCUACCGCUCGUCUUAUGCGGCACUCCAACCCCAGACUUCCCGCACAAGAAUUUGUCGUGGGCAACCGUGUCCACAUCGCAUCCGACUCUCAGCCACAAACGUACGAAAUCACAAAGGCAUACAUCAACAAGGACGAACGUGUUUGGAUGUACUCCUUGAAGGGAGAGGACAAAGACGAAGUUAAGCUGGCAGAAGAGGGCGAACUUCAGCGCUGA